AUGUUCCAUAACACAUUCCAAAGUGGACUAUUAUCUGUUCUGUACAGCGUUGGCAGCAAUCCACUGCAGCUUUGGGACAAACAGGUUAAAAACGGUCAUAUAAAGCGGGUCACAGACGAUGAAAUUCAAUCAUUGAUUAUUGAGAUUAUCGGAGCCAACGUAAGCACUUCCUACAUAUCAUGUCCACAUGAUCCAAAGAAAACAUUGGGGAUAAAAUUGCCAUAUUUCGUUAUGGUUGUGAAGAACCUAAAGAAAUACUUUACUUUUGAAGUACAGAUCUUGGACGAUAAAGGAGUCAAACGACGUUUCCGUGCGUCAAAUUAUCAGUCGAGUACACGAGUUAAACCAUUUAUCUGCACAAUGCCUAUGCGACUCGAUGAAGGGUGGAACCAAAUCCAGUUCAACCUCGCAGACUUCACGAAACGUGCAUAUGGGACGAACUACGUAGAGACAUUGAGAAUCCAAGUGCAUGCUAACUGUAGGCUUCGUCGGAUCUAUUUCGCUGAUCGUUUAUAUGCAGAGGACGAGUUGCCCGCCGAAUUCAAAUUAUAUCUUCCAAUAAGAGGGCGGUCAACUUUGCCGAUGAGUGUGAGCGUCUGA